CAACAAUUUUCGAAUAAUAAAAAUAUUGUUGAAACUUUAUCAUUCAAAUCAUCAACAUCAUUAAAUGAUAUAACAUCAUCGAAAAGAAUCAAUGAUAAUGAUGCUGAGGAUAAACAAAGUCUUAGGGCAGAUAGUAAACACAUUGAUAACGAAGAUGUUGUUGAUGAAAAACAAAUUGAUCGAAACAAAAUGAAUGGAAAAAAAUUGAAAAAUUUUAAUGAAAAAUCAAUAAUGACAACAUCAACAUCAGGAAAAGAAUCAAAUCGACAUCAUCGCCAUCAUCAACAAAAACAACGACGUCAUAAUAAUAAUAAUCAUCAUCAUCAUCUUUAUAAUUCAUAUUCGGUUGAUCAUUGUUGUUCGAUAACUAAAUUGGACAAUCGAAAAAUUGAUUCAACAGCAAAAACAACAUCACCGACGACAUCGACAAAAUUACCAAAUUAUCAUCAUAAUUUAAAAAUGUCUUCCGAAUCAGAUAUUAAUUUAGCUUUAAAUCAACAAAAUCAUCAAUGUAAACCAGAUUCAUCA